UAUAUAUAUAUAAUCCAAAAAACCCAAAGUGUCCAGUGUCCUUUAAAACUCUGCCCGAAACGUUGCUUCAUUUGCACAAAUAAAUUUCUUUCACUAUACCGGAGUGCUGCUGGAAUUUGUAUUGGAAUUUGCACUGGACCUGGGCAGACAGAGUCGCAGCUGGCACCCGACGCUACAAAAAGCGGUGAGAUUGAUUGUGUAGCACUACACUCUAUGCUUGUAUAUUGACUUUUUCUGCCAGUAUUGUGCUCCAAUCUAAUUAUACAAAUGUCUCAACCAAUACGCCAGGAACAACCUCUAACAUUUGCUUAUAGCGAACUAGACGCUACCAGGAUUAUUGAACAAAGUAGAUGUAGUAAUGCCUUUUUACAACCUGCAGCAGAUACCUCUAUAUUCAAGGAAUAUGAAAAAGAAAAACGUAAAUUGAUUGGAUUGGAUCUACAUGCUGCAACUCUGACUGAGUAUUAUAAACAAGGCCGGAUACCAAGAGGUUUGAGGGUUAAUUUACGCCCAACUAUAUUCAAAGAUAAUAAAACCUUUGCACAAAAAUAUGAACAAAUUAUUAAUAAAUGUUCAUUUGAUAUUAUCUUACUGAAUAUUGAGUUCUUACAGCGAGAAAUUGGAGAAAGUGAGAAACAGAUUGUAGAACUCGAUAGAAACCUGAGACAGCAUGUGCAGACCGAAGAUCAGCAGCUCCAGUUGCAGCGGAUCGAAAGUAAUCUGGUGAAGCACAGGAGUGAAAUCGAGGAACGGAAAAGGAGUAAAUUCCGAAGGGAUGAACUGGAUUACAGCUCCGGAUGCAUCUAUAACUGGCAGAGAGAAACCGGGGGACAUCGGGACCCAGGAGGACAACCCCGCCCCCAAUGGAGACGUCAUCAGUGGGAGACGCGGAGACAGAGAGCCAGGGAAACAGGCUACAGCGAUACCGACACCUCCACAGAUGGACGCCAACCGAGAGGAAUGGAUGGACGCGACGAGCAGGCUCUGGGCUAUCGGGACAGCGACUCCUCGCGAGAUGGCUCACAGACAGAUCUGUGCACAGCGCGGGCCACCACACCGUCUCCUUUUUUUUUAGAUGCAGGUCCCAGGCAAUACACCCGCCAAAAAGGAGAGGGGGCAGACGGCACAAACGUACCCUGGUACCGUCGCAGACAACCGGAACGGAAAGCACGGUGGACACGGAGGACCUAAUAGUGAAUAUCUCUUCCACACAACUAAGCAAGGAGGAAAUCGAUCUACUUAACAAAGAUUAAUACAGCUCGUGCUCUGGGAAUGGCUGUGUUUCUCAAUACAUAGGCAUUUUCGGCGCAGGAAUAGAGCACAUAAAUUGUGAGUAGUGAUUUUAAUGUAUGUUGCAAGACUUCCGGUUAAGCAAACCAUAUUACUGCAAGUUGCAGAGUUUUAAAGGACACUGGACACUUUGGACACUUUGGGUUUUUUGGAUUAUAUAUAUAAACAAAAGGUACUUGAAUAUUUAUUAUGUAUUUUAUGUAUUUUUAUAUGUCAUAAAGGGUUAAUAUAAAUUUUCACAUGGGAGGAGUAAAUGUGUUCUCCCCUCCCCCUACUGAGGUAUAUAAAGGCAUAAAUGUUACACUGGUGUUAAGCUUGAUAAAGGGCUGGUUAUGCCCGAAACGUUGCUUCAUUUGCACAAAUAAAUUUCUUUCACUAUACCGGAGUGCUGCUGGAAUUUGUAUUGGAAUUUGCACUGGACCUGGGCAGACAGAGUCGCAGCUGGCACCCGACGCUACAAAAAGCGGUGAGAUUGAUUGUGUAGCACUACACUCUAUGCUUGUAUAUUAAAUGUUACAAAAACAAGGUGAUCCUUUCAAAAGUGAAUUUAACCCACGGCGGAGGCAGAGGUCUGACCUAAGUCAGAGAUUUAAAUUAAUUCUAUAAGCGAAAGAAAAAAAGAACCCCAAUUGCCUCCCACUCGUACCGCAGUUCCUCAGAUA